AUGACCACCCUCAUCACGCCUCAACAGACGACCGAUCUCUUACACCUCCUCCCCCCACCUCCAUCUCCUUCAUCUUCCUCUCAACCUUCUGAGAACCCUACGGAAGAUACCAUCCUCUCAACCUUGCAAUCUCGUUCUCGAUCAGACCUCCCGUAUACCUACCUCGGACCCAAGACCCUCCUCCUAGUCAACCCUCUUCGGACGCUAGGAAACCUUUCCGACUCGUCAGCUACGGAUUACGUGAACAAGUACGUCAAUCCUACUACCCAGACGCCUAAUACGGGCACGGGGAAGAAGAAGGGAAAGGGAAAGGAAGUUGGAGCGGGAGGGAAUGGGAAUGGAUUGGUACUCGGGGUGGAACAGCCGCAUGUCUAUGAUCUGGCUGGGAGGGUGUGGACGAUGAUGCGGAGGAGAAGGGAACAUCAGGGAGUCGUCUUCAGUGGUUAUACCAACUCUGGUAAAUCGUUCGCCUCCAAGCUGUUCACGCAACAGCUCGUCCGGCUGUCCGGCACUACCCGUACAGGCAGCUCGACCCGGGACAAUCGGUUACCAAACCAGAUCCACUCCCUCAUGACCGUCCUCGACUCUUUCGGAUCUUGCAAGACGGCUCAGAACAGCUCGGCCUCGCAGCACGGCCGGUACCUCGAACUCAACUUUGCAUCCAGUUCGGGUGGACGUCGAUCCCGUACAGAUGGAAGGUUGACGGGUGGGAAGGUCUUGACGUUCGGGCUGAACAAGACUAGGAUGACCCGGUUGGAGCGUGAUGAGAGGACUUUUCACGUAUUUUACCAGCUCCUAGCUGGAGCUCAACCGGAUGAGAGGGAAGAGCUCGACCUGCAAGAUCCGGACGCUUAUGAGCUGCUGGCCAGUUCUGGAUGUUAUCGACUCCCCGGUGGACCGUUCUCGGACGACUCGUUGCAGUUUGAUGAGCUCCGGAUCGCCAUGGCCAACCUCGGAUUCAAAGCCAAACACCUCAAGUCGAUCUUUAGCGUGCUGGUGACCUUGUUGUUGCUAGGCAAUAUCGAGUUCGAGGAUACGGCGACGUCGGGAGUUGUCAUGGACGAGUCGGCCAAGGUGACUUACGAGUCCAGAGAAGUGCUCGAGCAGGUGGCCUGGCGUCUGGGGGUCCCGGCGGAAGAGCUCGAACAGGGGUUGACCAACGAGACUCGGUAUAUCCGGAAAGAACUUUGUUCGUCUUUCCUCGAUUCGAGAGGCGCGGCCAAACAGAGGGACACGCUCGUCAAGGACCUUUACGCUAUCCUCUUUGCGUUCAUCGUCGAGACUGCCAACCGAAAGAUCGCUCCCAUCGAAACCGAGGAAGAUGAUCAAGAGUCUACGGAUACGAUGAUAGUCCAGCUCGAACUCCCGGGUUAUCAGUCCAAGACGUCGCCCCUGUCUGAAGGUCGGGCCAGCAGCAACGCUCAACCACUCAUCAACAGUACCGGAGUCAACUCGGUCGACGAGUUUGGGAUCAAUUUCGCCAACGAGAUGUUGCAUUCGUACUUGACCAGGCGAUGUUUCGAAGAUCAGGUCGAUGGAGGGCUGAACGGCGCGAUCAAGGCGGAUGGGAUCGAGCUUCCUCACGUGGUCACCAUGGACAAUUCUGCUUGCAUCGAGAUGCUCCGAGGAGGUCUGAUUGAGGGACGGACUCAGCGGCUGGCGUCUCGUCCUCUCGGCCUGUUGGGCGUCUUUGACGAGGCCGGGGUAGCGAUUGACCCGGAAAGAGGAUUCCAGGACGUCACCAGGCAGGACGAGCAGUUGCUCUCGGUCAUGACUCGGACGUGCGGCGUGCACGCUUCGUUCAUUCACAAUCCGCCCGCUACGACCGGUCGGAAGCUCAUGUUUGGCGUCAACCACUAUGCCGGUGCUUGCACGUACGACAUGUCGCACUUUGUCGAGCGGAACGCCGAUAUUGUCGACGCUCAGAUCGUCAGCAUGCUCAGGGCUAGUAGCGAUUCGUUUGUCGCCAAGCUGGUUUCUGGACCUUCGAUCUCGGCAGAGGGACACCCGUUGGAUGAUAAUACCGUGGUUCAAGCUCAGGUUUCGGUAGUGCCUCUGCGGGAACCGUCCUUGUCCGCCAUGCAGACUCCUGCUCUCGAAGGAAGCAAGGCGUACCCGGUGACCACUCAGCUCAACGCUACCAUGACCGACAUCUUGACCUCGCUCGACAACACUGAACUCUGGCAUGUCGCCUGUAUCCGACCGAACGAUUCGGGUCACGCUAAUUCGGUCGACAAGCGCAAGGUCAAGAACCAGAUCCGAUCGAUGCUCUUGCCCGACAUGUUGAUUCGGAAACAGGUCGACUAUGUAGCCAGUCAGGAUCUGCUCCAGUUCUGCGACUACCAUGGACUUCGUUUCGAUGCCAACGAUCGCAGCACCGUUGAGGGAGCUGUGAGGCGCUUCGCCUCGGAGCACGGUUGGCAAGCACAGCGUGACUAUGCGGUCGGUCGAUCCCAGAUCUGGCUAGGCUACGAUGCCUGGGUUGACGUCGACAAUGCGGUCCGUGCGAUCGAAGGGGAAGACGAAGGCGAGGAUGGGUCGCCGUUUUCAGAUAGCCCACAACAGACGCCGUACGGUGGCGAUAGCAUGCAUGACCCCGCCGAAUCCUAUAUGGACGGUCACAAAGACCAUGGCGGUUACGACGAGAGCCGAGAAAAUCUGCUCAUGACCAAAGGGACACCCACGCGAUGGGACUCUGAUUACAAGAAUGGCAUGGACAGCCCCGGUGUACCCGUUCUCGGCAACGGCUAUCCGAUGGAGAAGAACAACAUUGAUGAAAAGGGCUUCAGUGGCCACGAUGGCGAGGUGGCAGACAUGAUUGUGCACGAAAAAGGCCAUCACGCUGAGAUGGAAACGUUACCGACAACAAAAGCUCGACGCUGGUGGGUGCGCAUCACCUGGUUUAUGACAUGGUGGAUACCGUCCUUCCUUCUGUCCAAGGUUGGCAGGAUGAAGCGACCGGAUAUCCAGAUGGCAUGGAGGGAAAAGUUUGCCAUCUGCGCCAUGAUCGGGAUCUUGUGUGGAAUCAUCAUCUUUUACAUCGUCGUCUUUGGAGUGCUGCUUUGCCCUAACAUGAACAAGGCUUGGAACACGAGUCAACUUACGGAACACGGGGACGCUUCGAGUUAUUACGCCGCUAUUCACGGCUAUGUUUACGACUUUACGAAAUUCUAUAAGGGACAGCACAGCGAUAUCGCCGCUUAUCCCACGACAUCCGAGAUCAUGCUACAGUUUGCCGGUCAAGACCUCACCAACUACUUUCCGAUACCCCUAGACAAGGCAUGUCCCGGCCUCGUGGACCAGAACUUUGCCUUUAGAUACGCCAACUUUACGCCAACAGUCGAUUACGCCGUCCACACUUCGGGAUCGCUUCAGACCGCCAAUGGUACCAAGCUCAACGACGACAACUGGUACUUUGAUCGCUUCCAGCCAUACAUCGAUCAACUAUAUAAGGGUCAAUUCGUGUUUGACAAGGGUGACGUGCAGCAGCAGGCCGAUGAUAGCUCGAAGAUCUGGGCCAUCUACAAGGGCGGCGUUUACGACUUGACCGACUACUUCUAUACCGUUAGCCUUUAUGGAGACGCCAGCGGAGAAGGUGUACCGAAAUACGACUUCUUGGAUCAGAGCAUCACCUCACUCUUUAAGCAGCAGCCGGGCCAAGACCUGACCAAGGACAUCCAAAAAGCUCUUGACUCAUUGAGUGAGGAGGAUGCCGAGAGGCAGUUGACCUGCAUGAAGCGGGUGUUCUACCUCGGAGAGACCGACUUCCGUAAGGAAGCCAGGUGUACGGUACAGAACUACCUCUUGUUGGCUUUCUCUAUCGUCAUGAUGAGCACUGUCGUCGCCAAAUUCUUGGCGGCUUUGCAAUUGACCAGUAAGCGAUCACCCGAGCUGCAGGACAAGUUUGUACUGUGUCAAGUGCCUUGCUACACGGAAGGCGAGGAAUCUCUUCGACGAACCAUCGACACGCUCGCUGCACUCAACUACGAUGACAAGCGAAAGUUGAUCUUUAUCAUCUGCGACGGCAACAUUAUCGGUAGCGGUAACGACAGGCCUACACCUCGUAUCGUCCUCGAUAUCCUUGGAGUCGAUCCGAAGCUUGACCCUGAACCUUUGCUAUUCAAGUCGGUCGGGGAAGGCUCGAGACAGCUCAACUACGGAAAGGUAUACUCCGGACUUUAUGAAUUUGAGGGCCACGUUGUUCCCUACAUGGUCGUUGUCAAGGUCGGCAAGCCUUCGGAGCGCAGCAAGCCUGGAAAUCGAGGGAAACGUGAUUCCCAGGUCUUGCUUCUGCACUACCUCAACCGAGUUCACUUUGACGCCCCUAUGAACCCGCUCGAGCUGGAGAUCUACCAUCAGAUGCGAAACGUCAUCGGUAUCGAUCCGGCGUUCUACGAGUACAUCUUCCAGGUCGAUGCUGAUACCAGCGUGACCCCUGACUCGUUGAACCGCAUGAUCGCCUGCGCUGCCGACGAUUCGGCCAUUAUCGGAAUCUGUGGGGAGACCAAGGUUGCCAACGAAAAGGAAUCCUUUACGACGAUGAUCCAGGUUUACGAAUACUACAUCUCGCAUCACCUCACCAAGGCAUUCGAGAGCUUGUUCGGUUCAGUCACCUGUCUACCCGGUUGUUUCAGUGUCUACCGGAUUCGAACCGCCGACAAGGGUCGCCCGAUCAUCAUCUCCAGCAGGGUCAUCGACGAGUACGCCGAGCCAAACGUCGAUACGCUUCACAAGAAGAACCUGUUCUCCUUGGGUGAGGACCGAUAUUUGACGACCUUGAUGAUGAAGCAUUUCCCGACCUUCAAGAUGAAGUUCACCGCCGACGCCAUCGCUCACACGGUCGCGCCGUCCAGCUGGGCCGUCCUGUUGUCUCAACGACGAAGAUGGAUCAACUCGACGGUACACAAUCUGUUCGAGUUGAUCAGCAUCCCUGAGAUGUGUGGAUUCUGCUGCUUCUCGAUGAGGUUUAUCGUCUUCCUCGAUUUGCUAGGAACCAUCAUCCUGCCAGCCACUUUUGUCUACCUCGUCUACCUAAUUGUCGUUGUCUCUAUCGGUAAAUCGGCGGUACCCAUCAUCGCCAUUGCCAUGAUCGCAGCCGUCUACGGUCUACAAGCCGUCAUCUUUAUCCUCAAACGAGAGUUCAUGCUCAUCGGUUGGAUGGUCGUCUACAUUCUGGCCUUCCCAAUCUUCUCUUUCGCGCUCCCGAUCUACUCGUUCUGGAACAUGGACGAUGCCAAUUGGGGUAACACUCGUGUGGUCGUGGGCGAGGGUAAGGAGAAAAAGAUCAUCGCCGACGCUGAAGAUCAUUACGACGAUUCGAUGAUUCCCUUGAAGCGAUUCAGCGAGUACGAACGGGAUACUUGGGAAGAGAACGAGACGGCUCGAGCGGGCUUGUUGGAAAAGGAGACCGACUCGCAGAGCUACGCUUCGUACGACAAUCGAUCUCGUCACGGCGGUCUCACCAUGGGCCGACAACAGGGCAGCCGAGCUCCCUCGACGUUCGAGAGCGGGGGCGGGGAUUACUACCGGGACUCUUCCCCUAUGAACCGACCUGGAUCUCAACGAGACCUCCGACCGAUGACUUCGUACUCGACCAUGCGAUCUCAGCCUCCCGGCCAGGACCCCAGGGCGGCGAGUAUGGCUGGAUUGAGUCAAUGGGGCGCGGGGAGCGUCUAUGGGAUGCCUCCGAACCCGAUGUUUGCGCAGAACCCGUUCAUGGGAGGAGGUGGUUCUCCCUUGGGAUCGGAUUACGGCGGGAUGGCACCUUCGAUGAUGGGAGGAUCGAACAUGAUGGGCAUGGGUGGACCUCCUCCGAGUCAGUACGGGAUGAUUAUGCCCAACAACAACAACCAGCACGCCGGGCCGAGGAACUCGAUGAUGACCAACCUGAACGGCUUUAAUGGUGCGCCUUCGAUCAUCUUGCCCCAAGGGACCGGUGGAUCCGGGAUGGGUAUGCAGCCUCAGACGCAAGGGCAUAUGCAGAUGCCCUCGAUGGCCCGACCAUAUUCUACCUACUCGCUGGCGAACACGGCCAACCCGUUCGGGGACGCCCCGCCUGAACCCGCGCCCCUGAACUACUCGGAAGACCCUUCGGACGACGACGUGCUCAAGACGCUCAAGGCCGAUUUGGCCUGUCAGGAUCUUACGACGGUGACCAAGAGGAAGAUCAGGGAGUUGGUCAUGAGCAAGUACCCGAAUGCGGAUUUGACGGGCAAGACCAAGUUUAUCAACGAGAGCAUCGAUCGGUUGUUGUCCGGCGGAUGA